AUUGUCUAGGUUGUUGUUGGUGGGUGGAAGGAGAAGGUGGAAAAGAACAACCCACUUUCGAUAAGGAAAUUCGAAAGAAACGGGUUGGGGGAAACCUUCCCAACCGACGAGAUACACCUCUACGCGGUGGUUGGGACAA